AACAAAAUGGCCGGAGGAAAGAUUUUCCAGCGCAAACUUUUCCGUUCUUAUAAGUCAUUGAAACUUUAUUAAUUCGUUUUGUGUGUUUUUAUGUUCAAGUGAUCAUAUCGCAAAAAUAUGAACCAGUUUUCAGGAGUAUACAAAAGUUGUCUUUUGUUGUUAUUCAAAGUCCUGAAGUAUGUUGCGGGAAAGGAGUGUUACAACUUCAAGUCAGACGAGCGGGUACUGCAGUGCGACAAUGGGUGUUGCGGGGAUAAGUAUGAUGAAUACUGCUGUAACUCCACCAUGCAGAUUGUUGGAUUUGCCAUAGGAGGGAUAGUUCUUCUGGCAGUAAUCAUUGGUGUUUGCUACUAUUUUUACCGGAAGAAGCAUAAAGGUCGGGAAGCGUCACCAGGUGGCGGAAUAAUGGGUCGGUUUGGUUUCCGGUCACAGGCCAAUACAUCGAACACAGGACACAACAGAGCUCGACAAAGAGCGCCACAGUCCCGCCGACCUCCCUACAGAAUACCCAUCAACAGAGGUUCGCCAUCCAGUAGCGCCACACACGUGAACCCCGCUUACGGAACGUCAAUGAAUACUCGCAACGCCCUUGACUAUCAGUACAGCAUUCCGCCCCAGGAUAUAUACCCACCAAUGCCCCCGAGCGCUCCUCCACCAUAUGAAAUGUCGGUCGCCCCACCUCCAUAUGUCGAGCACAAGACAGGCGAACCACCCCCUCCUCCAGAAUACAAUCUUGUAGCAGGACACAGUUAUUUGACUUCGCCUAUAGGUGGCAAACCCGGGCAAUAUUAUACGGAUAAUAUGCCACCGCCAGCGAACUAGCUACGUCUUACUCGAGUAUGGUUUUGUUCUGUGGCAUUUGGAACUCCUCGACCAUUUUUAUCGAAAACAAACCUCGGAUGUAUUUGGACGGUUUACAUACUCAAAUGUUUAAGUACGCUGCAAGUAGAUCGCGUAGUUAUUUUAUUUAGCAGUUAAACUUAAUGACUUAAACUCUUGGGAAUCUGAAUUAUGUUUGCAAUAAUAAACUUCAAUGCCAAUCAAUUUAAACUUAUAUCGAUAAAAACAACCUUAAACACUACAUUUAAUUAAUGGUAUAAUUAAAAAACUUACGAACUACUUCAACUAAUGUACUGGCAUUCAUCCGAGGUUGUUUUCGAUAAAAAUGGCCGAGGAGCUCCGAAAGGUUCUGUGGUUGUUUAUAAGAGUGCAGUCUGUCAUUAUUUUAUAUUAAAAAUCCCGUGCAUCUAGUUAAACAGAUAAAACAAGCAACGAGAACGAACAUGGUUGAUAUUACUAACUUCUCUGUGAUAGUACACGUUGUAUUUUCGGAUAAUUUAGCUAAAUAUAAAUAUAGGUUACAUUUUUCCAACAUUUAUCAAGGAAAACCUUACAGAAUAUUACGUCUUCUGGUGAACUUAAAUAGUGUAUGUUUCAAUUGACAAUGAAGUUUUGAAUAUAUUGACAGGACAAAACAGACCAAAUUAGAAAUUGCCAAUCUUUGUAACGAACCAUAUUUCUUUUGUUAUAUCGAAGUUACUGGUUUUCCAUUAAAAGAUAAAUAAAAAAUUACAAUGCGUUUCAUCGCUACCUGCUAAUCAUGUGUUCUUCGUAAAGGUUUUGCGACGGGGCAUGUCCCUGUGGUUAAAAUUGUUUAUUGUGCAAUCUCAAUUGAAUUCUAUGAUAAAAACAUUUGAAGCAAAAAAAUCAAUAAAAACAUUAUUUCUCUUUAUUGAUCUUGAUUGUGAUAUAGUAUAUAUAAAUGUCUUAAAUUAAAGUGUGCUGUAAGAAUCAUUAAAAUGUUGUUUUAUAAAGAUUAACUGUUUUGAAUAACUUUGGUCGUUUUACUUAAUAAAA